AUGUCGAAGUCGCCGCGGGACUCGACGCGCUUCACAGCGACGGGAGUAUGGGCCCACACCAAGCCUGGCGGCCGCGCAACGACGCUGCAAUUCGCAGACCCGGCGCCCAAGAACGAGACGCCGCAACAGAAAGUCAAGCGGUUGAGAGAGGCGGCGAACCGGGCGAAGAUGGCGCAGGUUACAAAGUGGGACUACGCGUAUUUGUAUGGCAGGAUGGCUGCGGAUGCAGCGCAUAGAUUUACGGUUUAUGGCAUUAUUUUUGCUACGGGAUGCAUUGGUGUCCUUGCUGUCUUUUCGAUAGGAGACAUGGUUGUGUACAAUCGCCGAAAACGCGCAAUCUUCUUCGAAGACCAAGAACGCGAACAAGCCAAGAUCCUUGGCCUCGCCCGUAACUCCGUGGCGGAGGGCACCGCAACCCCCGCUCAGAUUGCCCUUGUAGAAGGAAUUGCGGAGGAAGAACGGUUGAUGGAAAUCAAGAAGGCGGAAAGAAAGCUGCCUUCGCGGAUGCUGUGGUGGUUGCACGGCGACUGGAACGAAGACAAGGCGCUGAAGGAGCAGAGAAGGCUUGCUGUUGAGGAUUUUCAAAAGAAAGAGUCGGAGAGCACAAGUCAGACAAGCGUCACGCAAGCAGUACAGGCAGCGCAGCAAGCACGGUUCGACAGUACGCAACCCACGGUUGGAGGUCCACUCGAUCAACAGGCUGCCAAGGCGACCGCCUUUGCUGAGAACACGGCUAAGGGUGUAAGCAGCGGGUGGUUCGGGUGGAUUCUGGGCGGAUCAAAGAAGGAAUAA